CACCACUUCCUCGCGAUCCACCCCGUCCCGUCGCCUCGCCGGGAAGCUCUAUUUAAACGCCCCGGCCUCUCGCCCCCCUUCCCUCCCGCUCUGCUCCUCGCCCCGGCUCCGGACAGAGAUCACACCGCUCCGAUCCAUCGCCGCCUCGGCCUCGGCAUCUUCCCCCGUUCCUUGCAAGCUUGCCCGCCUCAAGAAGAAGCUCUCCAGCCAUGGCCGCGAACUCCCCCUUCGACUGCGUCCUCCUAGACCUGGACGACACGCUGUACCCGGGCAACACCGGCCUCGGCCCCGCCCUGAAGCGCAACAUCGACGAGUUCCUCCAGGCCAAGCUCGGCGUCUCGGCCGAGCGCGCCGCCGCCAUGCGCGUCGAGCUCUUCCGCACGCACGGCAGCUCCCUCGCCGGCCUCAUCGUGCUCGGCUACGACGUGCACCCGGACGAGUACCACAGGUCAGCAGAGAAACCAACACCCCAGAGCAACACGCACCCAAUUUUAGUUUCUUCCAAAACCUGCCGCCGGCCAGCCUACGUGCACGGCCGGCUGCCGUACGACCGGAUCGCCGCCGACCCGCAGCUGGCGCGACUGCUGCAGAGCAUUCCGCAGCGCAAAGUGCUGUUCACCAACUCGGACCGCGCGCACAUGAAGCGGGCGCUGGAGCGGCUGGGCGUCGACGAGGCCGUCUUCGACGCCGUGGUGUGCUUCGAGACCAUGAACCCGCACCUCUUCGGCGAGGAGGGGCGCCGCGCUGCCGCCGCCGGGACCGCCCCCCCGGCUGUGGUCCUCAAGCCGGCGGUGGACGCCAUCGGGGCGGGGCUGCGCGCCGCCGGCACUAACCCGCGCCGGACGCUCUUCCUCGACGACAGCGAGAGGAACAUCGCCGCGGGGAAAGCGCUCGGCCUCCGCACCGCCCUGGUUGGCAAGAGGGUGAGGAGCAAGGGUGCGGACUACGCCCUGGAGAGCAUCGGUGCGCUCCGGCGGGUCAUCCCGGAGAUAUGGGGCGCCGCCGCUGCCGCCGCCGGCGACGGCAGCGAGCGCUCGGACCACGGCAUAGACAAGAUGCCCAUGAGGUCCGACCUGGACUCCAUCAUCCAGCCCACGUCCAUCCAGGCCUAACUCCAUCCGAUCCCUUCACCUGAUCCUGCACGAUCCACGCCACUAAUAAAGCUCUCCCUCCCUCCCUCUCACACUCAAUUAUCGUGUAAAUUAUAUUCUGAUUCCUGAUGCGUUUGUGUGUGAAUACCUGUACCUAGCUAGCUGACAGGCAUGUACAUCUCUGAUCAGCAUCCGCUUGUAAAUCAUGCUGUUGUUUAUAAUUAUGUAAAGCAAUCAAGUGCAGGACAAGUCAUGUGUCACAA